AUGCAACCUUUCUCACUCCAACUUUUAUCGCCAACUCAACUUUCCCAAGGUCAUAACAUAUCCGAAAUCAUGGAUCCUCGCCCCUACCAUGUUCUAAGCUACGGCACCCUUUUAGGGACACAGUUCUACCAGUCUUUUGUCGGAGGCUUCGUUGCUUUCCGUGCCCUUCCGCGGCCCCAGUUCGCUAGUCUGCAGACCGCCAUCUUCCCAAUCUACUUCUCACUGCAAUCUGCGCUGCCUGUAGUGGUCGCCUUGACCGCUUCCCAUGGCGGACAAGUAUUGGGUCUGUCUGGUCUCGCUGCAUCUGAGAACCGCCUUAACACUCUCUUGCCUCUGGCAACUGUGGCAGUGACCGGAUUGGUGAACAUGUUCGUGUUGCGUCCCAUCACCACUAAUGUUAUGCGCGAGCGCAAGCAUCAAGAAACCCGUGAUGGAAAGAGGAGCUACGACCCAGCGCCUCACUCCAAGGAGAUGCUGGCCCUGAACAAGAAGUUCGGCCGCGUGCAUGGUAUUUCAAGCUUGGUCAACUUGGUCAGCCUGGUUGCUACGAUCUGGUACGGUGCCGUGCUAAGCAAGAGACUUGAGUAAUUUGACAAUAGCAAUCAAU